UUACACAAGAACACUUUGGCAGCAUGAAUUUAAAUACGAAUAUUUGCAGGGUUGCAUCCGAAACUGGCCGCCAUUGAAAUCCUCCCACGAAGCUCCGAGCAAUCGAAACCCUAAUCAUGGCCGAGCUCCUCCACCUCCUUCCUAAUCGCCAUCUCUCUACCAAGCCAUGGAAUUUCACCGCCUUGUUCUCUAUCCUCCUUCGCUCCUCUUACUGUAGCGCGACGGCUCAAAACAAACGAGAAGAUUUACAGGGAGAAAGAGCGGCGAAAUGGCUCUCUUUGCCUCCGUUUUCUCCUCCCAUUGACUCAUCUUUGAUUGCCAAAGAGAUUGCUGGCCAUCCUUGUCUUGAGAAGCGCGAACCCUUUACUGCUCUGAAAUGGGUCCGCCGGUGCUGCCCCGAGAUUCCCAUGUCUCUAGUUCAGAAGCUCUUCCGUUUGCGCCAGGUACGAAAGCAAUCAACCAUUCCAAAAGGCACCAUCAUCGAGAACAAUGCUGGGGAGAAGCAAAUUAGAAGGGUAUCUGCAAAAAGUGCCAUUAGCUUGGGAGACGUGAUUCUUCUACCUGUUAGUUCUGAAAAAUCCACCAAUCAGAGGGGUGGUUGCUCUUGUAGUGAUGAUGAAAUUAACUUUAUUCGUAGUCUUGAAUUAUACAAGGAUUCAGCUAUGAUUGUGAUUAACAAACCACCUGGUAUGUCAGUUCAGGGAGGUGUUGGCAUCAAAUACAGCUUGGAUACGUUGGCUACCACAUCUUUGAAAUACAGCAACCCUGAACCACCUCGACUGGUACACAGGCUUGACCGAGAUAGUAGUGGUGUGCUGGUUCUUGGUAGGACACGACUUAGUACAUCUAUUUUGCAUUCUAUCUUCCGUGAAAGAACUUCUGGAGCUGUCUCCCAUAACCUGAAGAUCAGGAGUCGGCCAUUGCAAAGGAAGUAUUGGGCACUUGUCAUUGGAACUCCUAGAGAUCCAAAUGGAUUGAUAUCUGCUCCACUCGCAAAGUUUGUAUUGGACAAUGGGAAAUCUGAGAGGAUCACAAUUGUCAAUGAUGCAAACAUUGAAAAAUCCACAUCAUCAAAUCAUGCUUUGACAGAAUAUAGAGUGAUUAGGACGUCUAUUCAAGGGUACACAUGGCUAGAACUCUUACCACUUACUGGUAGAAAGCAUCAGCUCCGUGUUCAUUGUGCCGAAAUUUUGGGAACACCAAUCGUCGGCGACUACAAGUAUGGUUGGCAAUCACAUAAAAAGUGGCAACCCAUCACAUGUUCAACUCGAAGCACCAAAUACGAAAAUAUUCCAAUCAAGAGGCUUCCUUUUGGCCUUGAAUCAGAAGGCGGCAGCAUCGACGAGAAACAGCCUCGCUUGCAUCUUCACUGUAGGCAGAUGGUUUUGCCAGAUAUUUCUGUUGCUUUGAAGCAUCUGCAGUCAGAAUUUUCAAAUUACAACCUCUCAAAAUGUGAAAAGAUUAAUUUGGUUGCUCCACUGCCUUUGCAUAUGCAGAUAAGUUGGGACAUUCUGGGGUAUGACUCUUGAUAGAAUUCUGUUGUUAUUUAAUUCUUGUUUAUUACUGUGGGCUUAUUUUGCAAUUUCUUCUCUUAUUAUUAUUGAAAAAUUUAUGGCAUGUAAUUCCAAGAUUUCUGAUUUUCACUUUUAAAGUGAAAAACAUGUAUACCAUAUGUCACACUUGCAGACAGGUUUCUUGGUGUAUUUGACUGAUUCUUCUGCUUGGAAUAAACAAGCCAAAAUUGGC